AUGACGCCGGCUACACGCCUAGCUCCUCCACGACCUCCAAUGCCACCUGAAGGCGCCGCAAGCCACGCAAAGUAUUCUUCAGCAGGCCUCUGGCAUGACGAUGCCUUGCGGCGACGUCCCGCUCAUUCACUCCCGCUUCUGUCUACACCAUCGCAGCCUCCAAUGUCGCCUUCGAGCCCUCGACCGAGAACGCUCCGUCGACUCCCACAUAUCCGGAAUAAGGCGUUGACUUCGCGCUUCUUCGGCUUGAGCUGGCCUCUUGCUCCGGAUCCUCGACGG